AUUAAACCUCAAAUUCGUCCAUCUGGAAAACUGCGACUCCGGGGACACACGUGCACGCGGAGUAAAACUACAUUACCCAUGAAGCCUCGCGCCUAAAGGAACAUUUCCGAUAUCGCCUCUGAUUGUUUUCCUUCUUGGAUUGACGAGCGUAAACAGUCAAUUGCAUAUCCCUUUUGUUAUCAUUACAGUUUUUGCCAAUGCUCGAUAACGUUUUAUUUUUUGAUAGUCUUGGUUGGCUUGUUGCAAUGAUGAAUGUUAAUCCAGCGGCAGGCCUUGAUAUAUCGAACGAACUUGCGGAUACCGAAACCGUUUAAAUUUCCCGCUGCGUUAGGCGCCGACUUGUGUCUUUCAUGCCUUGGAAACCAGCUCAAGCCAGGGAUUCGGCUGGAAGUGAAAAACGACCUCGAGUUCAUUAAGGAUACGGCUGACCGUGGGCCCGGUUUCUUCAGACAUGCAGACGACGGACAUUGGAUCAAAAGAGCACGGCAAGAUUUGGCACAGAAAGCCGAUACCGUCCCUCAGUGACGGGGUUAUAGUUAAUGUUUUCCGGAGUGCUGGAGGGAUCCGCACCAAGACCAUUCGCUUUUUGCAUGUUGCCUUCAGUACGACUGGAGACGCAUUCUUAGCAGGGGACCAUCAUGGAAAUAUCUACAUGUUUGACAUUAGCAGAAACAAGUUUACCCUUGUUCAAAAGACUGGUCAGGCUUGUACUGCUCUGGCCUUCUGUCUCCGAAGGGGUACGGAAUACUUGGUGGCUCUGGCUGACUACUCCAUUAAAUGUUAUGAUACAGCUACUAAGGAGCUUGUAAGCUGGAUGAGAGGACAUGAAUCAUCCGUGUCAUCAAUCUCAGUUCAUGGAUCUGGUAGAUUUGCCAUCACCACUUCAUCAGAUACAGCUCAGCUCUGGGAUCUAGACACCUUUCAGAGGAAAAGGAAACUCAAUGUUCGUCAGACUGUAGGCAUACAAAAGGUUUUCUUUUUACCUCUAAGCAAUAUCAUUUUGAGCUGUUUUAAAGAUGGUUCCAUCUUUGCUUGGGAGAGUGAUACAUUGCAUUGUAAAUACCAGAUGCCUGAGCCUGAUGAAGGACAAAAACUACAUUAUAAAUCUUUUGCAGUUACCAGAGAUGGGCGAAUGCUGGUUGCUGGCGGAAAAUCUAAUUUUCUUCACCUGUGGUGUUUGGAUAACAAGCAGCUUUUAAGAAUAAUUCAAAUGCCACCAAAAGUCCGUACUGUUCGUCACGUGGAAUUUCUCCCUGAUCCUUUUGAUGGUGGAUCUAGCCAGAUCCUUGGAUGUCUGAGUCAAGAUGGCAUAAUGCGAUUUAUCAAUAUUCAGACUUGUAAACUGAUAUUUGACAUUGGAAGUCUUGACAAUGGCAUCAGUUCUGCAGUUAUCAGCCCAAAUGGACACCACAUAGUAGCUUUGAUGGAAAAUGGAAGUCUUAAUAUUUACAGUGUACAGUCGCUUACACAAGAUGUUAAUAAGCCUCCUCCACCUUUAGUCAAAGUUGUUGAACAGUCUAAUGUGUCCAAACCUUCUAAACAAGCAUCUUAUCAGAGAAUGAAAACGAAACCUGAGAGACCACCAAAAUCAAGUGGGGAGACCAUCAAAGCCAGAGUGCCAAGACCACCGUUCGACAGCACUUUGACAGAUAAAGAGAAUGAAUUGCCAGAGGGGUUGAACAAGAAAAGACUACAGGCUAUGCUUAAAGAAUUUGGGGAAUAUCCAACCAAAUACAGGAUGUUUGUCUGGCGUUCCCUUCUCCGCCUUCCUGAAAACCAUGCUGCUUAUAGUAGCUUAAUUGACAAAGGCCCUCAUUCUGCAUACCAGCAGCUUCAUCAGGAGUAUCCUAUCAAGAGCCAGAGGUUGGAACGAAUUUUGCAGAGGAUACUUUCCGCUCUGGCUCACUGGUCAGCUAUCUUUGGGGAAACACGCUAUCUUCCAUUGGUGGCUUUUCCGUUUGUAAAACUCUUCCAGAACAACCAAUUGAUCUGCUUUGAAGUUAUUGCCACAUUUAUUAUGAAUUGGUGCCAGCAUUGGUUUGAGUACUUCCCCAACCCUCCUUUAAAUGUGCUAAGUAUGAUUGAGAAUAUUAUUUCUCAUCAUGACAAAGAAUUGCUCCAGCACUUUGUGAAGUGCAAUAUAACUUCACAGAUUUAUGCCUGGCCUUUACUAGAAACUGUGUUUUCAGAGGUGCUUACACGAGAUGAAUGGCUCAAACUGUUUGACAACAUUUUUUCCAACCAUCCAUCCUUUCUUUUAAUGGUGAAUGUGUCCUAUAUCAUUUCCUCCAGAUCAGCUUUGUUACACUGCUCAUUAAAAGAGGACUUUGAGUACUAUUUUCACCACCAUAAUACCUUGGACAUCAAUUCAGUAAUUAAGGAAGCUUAUCGAUUAAUGGAAACUACGCCUAAAGAAAUUCAUCCCUCGUUCAUGCUCGAUGACUUUGAGCCCUUAACCAGAGGACAGUAUCCAGUGUUUAACAAAUACCCUGCUUUUAUUGUGGACUACCAGUCUCAAGAAAGAGAGAGAAUUCGUUUACAAGAGCUGGAAUAUUUAAAGGAAAGACAGAUAACACAUGAGCUUCAAGCUGAAGCAGUAAGGCGUAAGGCUGCUGAUGAUGCGUGGUACAGACAGCAGGAACUCCUGCAAGAAGCUGAAGAGCAGAGGAGAAAGUUGUUGCUGGAAGAAGAACAGAAGCUGAUGGACCAAAGGAGCAGGUUAGCUGCAAUGAAACGUGAAUUAAAAAUAAAGGAGCUGCAUCUUCUCGAAGCAGCCCGGAGACGGUUUUUGAAAUAUCAGCAGGACCAGAAAAAAAUGGAGUUGCGUAGACUGGAUGAUGAAAUUAAUAGAAAGGCAUCUUUGAGAGAACAAGAGACGGCAAAUGUGGUUCAAGACAUUGAGGUGAGGCAAAUGGAGCUAGAAACGCAGAGGAGGAUUUUGGAGCAGGAACUUACUAAAGAACAGGAGAAAAUAAAUCGAGAAAUAAAAGGACAAGUGGAUGCCAUGAGAAGAAAGGCUGAGGUGGAAGACAGUAUGAUGCAGAGUCUGAUAGACACAGAUGUUAUCCAGGACUCUGCGAAAAAAAAGAUCCUGGAGGAGUCCUUGGCAGAGGCAGGUCGUUUGUGUGAAGAUACCAACUGGCAAGUAAGAAUGCUACAGAGACAAAGAAUGGCAGAUAUGGACCGGGAGCGACACUAUCAAGAGCUAGCUCACCUUGCUGAGGAGACUAGGAAGAAGGAAGGGCAACUUAUUGAUUUAAUGCAAGAAGUGCAGGGUAUUAAGUGGGAGGAAGUUGUGGAGAAAAAAGCCCAGUUGGAAGAGGAGAUGCAAGCCAGUGCCUUGGCAGAAGCUCGUCGUAACCAGUUUCUUACCAGGGGAAUGGAAAACGUGGUACAGCAAAGACAGAAUGCAUCCGGACACAGUGAAAGCUCUUCAGAGAGAUUAUGUGAUUUGAGAGUGAAGCCUUCCUGCUCUACAAAAUGCAAAAUAGAUCACACCUACUUAUCUCCUCAUCAGAACAUCUGCAUAAAUGAUGUUUCCUCAUCUGAUUCUUCGGUACACUUUAUUUCAGGCAGAGGAAGAAGAGAGUUUGAAAAUAGAGAACGAGAACUAAUGAAUGAUGUUCGAGAGCUACGCCAAAAAUUGGUUUCCCAGGCAAGGAGAAAAGCAAUGUCUUCAUUUUCUUCGAUUUCCCAGUCAGAUUACACAAUCUAGAAAAUUAAUCAUAUUGUAGAAAUAUUAAUAUAUACAUUAACUAUAAUGAGGCUGAUUUCAAAAUAAACAAGGGAACAAUUAAAUUACAAAUCAUGUCAUAUGAAUUAUUUUAGCCAGUUUUAACUUGAGGAACUGUUAGUGUUUUUAGUUUGCUUUUAAUUAUUUGAAUUAUGCCAUCUGCUUGAAGUUGCUGGUUUUGAUAAGCAUGUUGUUUAUAACUGUUAUUUAUUUGUACCUUAUUUAAAUAAGAUCAUAGUUUUUAUUUUGUAUAGAGUCAUUUAAAAAUGUAUUUUUACAAUGUACAGCUGUAUAUACAUUUAAAUUGAGGAACUUGAUAUAGAAAUAAAUGCACAUAAAUCACAAAUGUAAUUAGUUGCUGUUCUAAUUGUCACUUAGUCAUAGUUGUUGUCCUAAUGUCUCACUUGCUUGUUUUGUUUUCUAAGAGUCGUUCUGUCGCAGUCAAAUCGCCUCCACCCUUCGUAAUGGAGUGUUGACACUCAUUUUUAAAGUUUGUCACUCAGGGUGUGCAAAGGGAUGUUGGUGGAUUUGCCUUGUUUUAAUAGUUCUGGUGGACAUUAAUUUAAAAAAAAACAAAACCCUAGUAUUCCUACUUGAAUAUCUAUAGAAGUUUAAGUCAUAAUCUCAUUGGCCACCAAAAAAUAUUCAGAAAAAGUCUUCAUUGAAUAUUUAGAAUUUUAUUUAAAUCAUAAUAUUGUUUGUUUACAUUAGCUAAACAUCUCCCACAGAGAAUCUGCAUGUUAUAUUAAGUAGUGCCAAGCUUAGAUAACUUAUGUAAAAGAAAUAUGAUUGUUUAUUAUAACAGAAGCACAAAAAAGUGUGUUGUAUGCUAACAAAUAAGCAGCUAACUUAACCGUAAUUUUGGGUUAACCAGGGUUUCUUGUUUCUUCCAUCUUUUUCUACACUCUACGCUUUUGCUCCUCAAGGUGCCCUCCUCUCAUUUCAUCUGCUGCUGCUACCAUCUGCAUGAUCAUUUCCCACCUUCUUGGCUUCAUCUUCUCUAACUCUAUACCUCACAACUUUAACAAAGACAACAGGACAAAGUAUUUCAACAGAUUGGUCACAGCACGAUGUUAUCCCAUCUGACAUUACUCCAAAUAGUGUGAUUACUUCAAAUGUGUGUAAGUUUAGGUCAAAGGCUUUCCAAAAGAGGUGCAAACGUUUUUAACUAGAAUUGGGCUGCUUUUAGGACAUUCCCAAAACACAUGACCUGGCAAUGCAGACUCACCAACGGGUUGGAAUCUACCCCAGUAUACAUUUUAGAAAGUGUUAGGCAAAAUAUAUGUGGCCAGUGAACACUUUUUUAACUGAAUUAUGCUGUGCUUGCCACAUUUCAUUAGCAAAGUUUUUCCUUUAGUUUUUGUAAUUCUUGUGUGUGUUUUAGAGUUGUUAGUUAUAAUAUUUCAUAGGGUUUACAGGUAUGGAGAGUUCAGCUGUAAUCUUCACUCUUUUUUUUUUUCCAUUCUAUUGUGGUAUAUAGAAAACAAGACAUCAGACAUCAAACUUCUCUUCUGUUUGGGAGAUCUAGAACACCCUCGUUCCUUAUUGCUUGUUGCUGCAUUAUAAGCAUUGUACUUCUGCGUGAGCUUUCAUUGGUUAUCUGCUGUCACACACACACACACACACAGAGCCUAGCCCUAUGACAUUAGAAAAAAUAAAAUCUGUUUGAUUUUGUCCAGGUGAGUCGCUUAGUACGUCAGAGUACACUACUGGUGGACACGGUAACAUGCCCCAUAUCUACAGCCGAAAAUCACUGAAAAACCUAUGUAAUGUGACAGGGCCUUAAGUUGUUUUUGAUGAAGUAUCUCAUUUGUAAAUAAAAGGAAAAGUGUAUCAAUGGAAGAUUAAAUUUGGUGAAUAACUAUCCUCAGUUUCCAACUUUCCUGUGGUUCACCAUUUAUUAAACACAUGGAACCACUGCAGUACACAAUUUCAGACAGUGGCACUCUCAUCUGCUGUCUCAAUACAUGAUAAUCCUUUAUUUCAGAGACUUCUUUAAUCUGUGCAGUAUUCUAUAGAAGCUGCUCAAUUUCAUGACAUUUGCAGACCUCUACAUUGAUAACAUAUUUGCUCACAGUCAGGUAUCCUUAUAUAUAAUUUGAUAGUAUCCGCAUGUAUGGUGUUCACAUCAAUACCUCGACUCAAUACAAGUUAGAACCAUACAAUGGGACUCUGCCUCUGUAGUUAGAACAUAACGUGGCAAACGCGGACGCAGCAGCAGAAUUUUGAAGA